AUGCGACUAACGUGUUUAUCGCAUGCGACUAAACAGUCGAACAUUUCAAAAAUUGGGUCCCUGCACGCCGAUACGCCGUUAGCACCGCGACACGCAGGUUUGCCGACCCCGUUUGUGACGGUGCGCCGUUCCUUGCCACUUUCGACGUCCGUUGUUGAUAGUUGGUACCAGUUCCAGUCGCCGCCGUGUCCAGGAGUCAGUUGCGACUGUCGUCAGCCGAUGCCCUUAUCACCACCGCCAACCAGAUAA